AUGGAUAUAGCAACAGGUCCCGAGUCUCUGGAGAGGUGCUUCCCCCGUGGACAGACCGAUUGCACCAAGAUGCUGGACGGCAUAAAGAUGGAAGAACACGCCCUGCGCCCCGGGCCCGCCACCUUGGGGGUGCUCCUGGGCUCGGACUGCCCGCAUCCCGCCGUCUGCGAGGGCUGCCAGCGGCCCAUCUCGGAUCGUUUCCUGAUGAGAGUGAACGAGUCGUCCUGGCACGAGGAGUGUUUGCAGUGCGCUGCGUGUCAGCAAGCUCUCACCACCAGCUGCUACUUCCGGGAUCGGAAACUCUACUGCAAACAGGACUACCAACAACUUUUUGCAGCCAAGUGCAGCGGCUGCAUGGAGAAGAUUGCACCCACAGAGUUCGUGAUGCGUGCCCUCGAAUGUGUGUACCACCUCAGCUGCUUCUGCUGCUGCGUGUGCGAGCGGCAGCUCCGGAAAGGUGACGAGUUCGUUCUCAAGGAGGGCCAGCUGCUCUGCAAGAGUGACUACGAGAAAGAGAAAGACUUGCUCAGCUCUGUGAGCCCGGACGAGUCCGACUCCGUGAAAAGCGACGAGGAGGAUGGGGACGUGAAGCCGGCCAAAGGCCAGGGCGGCCAGGGAAAAGGCAGCGAUGACGGGAAGGACCCUAGGAGGCCAAAGCGGCCCCGGACCAUCCUCACCACACAGCAGAGGAGAGCGUUCAAGGCUUCCUUUGAAGUUUCCUCCAAGCCUCAGGUCAGAGAGACACUUGCUGCUGAAACAGGGCUCAGUGUUCGCGUGGUCCAGGUGUGGUUCCAGAACCAGAGAGCUAAGAUGAAGAAGCUGGCAAGAAGGCACCAACAGCAGCAGGAGCAGCAGAACUCACAGCGGCUGGGGCAAGAGGUCCUGUCUAAUCGAAUGGAAGGAAUGAUGGCAUCAUAUCACACCACUGGCCCACCCCAACAGCCCAUUGGCAUGGAACAGAGUACCUACGGUAGCAGUGACCCUUUCCAGCAGGGCCUCACGCCUCCUCAAAUGCCAGGUGCAAUGAACCCCUAUGGAAACGACUCCAUUUUCCACGACAUUGAGGACACCUCGUUAACGAGUCUGAGCGACUGUUUCCUGGGCUCCUCCGACGUGGGCUCCCUCCAGGCACGAGUAGGGAACCCCAUCGACAGGCUGUACUCCAUGCAGAGUUCCUACUUCGCAUCCUGA